AUGACGAAGUCAUCACCCGACGACACCAUCGCAGAAUUCAAGAAAGUUGUCAACAUGACACCCGACGAGCUGCAGGAGUUCCUGGAGUCCGAUGACAGCAACAGGGUGGGAUGGUCCAAGGAUGGAGGGGAGAGCGUGGGGCACCAGUCAGGCAGGCGAAUCGUGGAGCUGCUGCAGAAGAGCGAGGAUGAGUGCGACGAGGAUGACAUCAGCCACAUGCGCAAGGUGGUCGGCUAUGUGCACCGGCAUGGCGUGCAGGGGCCGUCCAAGAAUGAUGUGGAGCACUCCAAAUGGCGCUACUCCCUCAUGAACUGGGGCAACGAUCCACUGAAGGAGUAA